UAACAGAUGAUGUUAAUAAACAAACUAGAUAUAAACAAGAAAACGUUUGGAAACCAAUUUUCUAUUUUCCUGAUAACCUGAAUAAUGUCCGCAACAACUUCUGAUCCUCCCAUUAAACGUUACAGACGGGAGGAGGACAAUAAAUCAGAUCUGGAAGAAGACGAUGACAAGUACGUGCCGUAUGUUCCAGUAAAGGAACGAAAAAAGAAGCAGCUUAUGAAACUGGGGCGCAUAGUUCAAUUGUCCAACGAAGAUUCCAAGCCGAAGUCAUCCAGUGAAAAUGAAAACGAUGAAGACUCACAAAAUGCCAACGAUCCAGAAGUGUGGGGGCGCAAAUAUAAUAUUAGUUUAUUGGACCAACAUACAGAACUGAAGAAAAUAGCUGAAGCGAAAAAGAUUAGCGAUGUUGAAAAACAGCUUAAGGAAGAAGAAAAAAUCCUUGAAAGUGUCCAACAACAGAAAGCUCUUAUGGGUGUUGCUGAGUUGGCCAAGGGUAUACAGUAUGAUGAACCGAUUAAGACAAGUUGGAAGCCGCCGCGUUAUAUUAUUGAGAUGUCUGAACAAAAACGUAAUGCUAUACGUAAACGUUUGAGGAUAUUGGUGGAAGGUGUAGAUGUGGCUCCGCCUAUACGUAGUUUUAAAGAGAUGAAAUUUCCCAAGGGUAUAUUGAAUGGGUUGGCUGCAAAGGGUAUCAAGAAACCUACACCGAUACAAGUUCAAGGAAUACCUACAGUACUUUCGGGACGAGAUUUGAUUGGCAUUGCAUUUACCGGAUCGGGUAAAACAUUGGUGUUUGUUUUGCCAAUUAUUAUGUUUGCCCUAGAGCAGGAGUAUCGAUUGCCAUUUGCACGUAAUGAAGGUCCUUAUGGCUUGAUUAUUUGUCCAUCCAGAGAAUUGGCGAAACAAACAAAUGAUAUAAUUAUGCAUUAUAGUCGACAUCUGGUAGAAUCGGGGAUGCCUGAAAUACGUUCCUGCCUUGCCAUCGGAGGUAUUCCAGUUUCUGAAGCCAUCGAUAUUAUAUCAAAAGGUGUACACAUUAUGGUUGCAACACCUGGUCGUCUCAUGGAUAUGUUGGAAAAGAAAAUUGUUACUUUGGACGUGUGUCGUUAUCUGUGUAUGGAUGAAGCAGAUCGUAUGAUUGAUAUGGGUUUUGAAGAAGAUGUUCGUACGAUUUUCUCAUUCUUUAAGGCUCAGAGGCAAACUUUGCUCUUUUCAGCUACUAUGCCGAAGAAAAUUCAAAACUUUGCCAUAUCAGCUUUGGUAAAACCAGUAACAAUAAAUGUGGGCAGAGCUGGCGCAGCUUCUAUGAAUGUUACCCAGGAAGUGGAAUAUGUGAAGCAAGAGGCAAAAGUUGUGUAUUUGUUGGAAUGUUUACAGAAAACCGCACCACCGGUACUCAUUUUCGCUGAAAAGAAACAAGAUGUUGACUGCAUACAUGAAUAUUUGCUACUAAAAGGUGUGGAGGCCGUGGCAAUUCAUGGCGGUAAAGAUCAAGAAGAACGUUCACGUGCAGUCGAUGCAUAUCGGGAAGCACAAAAAGAUGUACUUGUGGCCACAGAUGUUGCCUCUAAAGGUUUAGAUUUUCCAAAUGUUCAACAUGUCAUUAAUUUCGAUAUGCCUGAAGAUAUUGAGAAUUAUGUGCAUCGUAUUGGUCGUACAGGUCGUUCAAAUACUAAAGGUUUAGCCACAACAUUUGUAAAUAAGACAACAGAUCCAUCGGUACUAUUGGAUUUGAAACAUCUGCUUAUUGAAGCUAAACAAAAUGUACCAGAUUUCCUGCUAGAGUUGUGUCCAGAAUCAGAACAAUAUUUGGAUUUGGGCGACUCACAUGGUUGCAGUUAUUGUGGUGGUUUGGGCCAUCGUAUUACCGAUUGUCCGAAGCUGGAAGCAAUUCAAAGCAAACAGGCAUCAAAUAUUGGACGAAGAGAUUAUCUUUCGAAUACAGCUGCAGAUUAUUAGAAUUCUGUAUGUUCUGUAUGUGUAUGGACUGUAAUCUAAGAUUUUUUUUUGUAAAAAUACUAUAAAAAUAUCGUAAAACAUAGAUAAUAAUUGUGUUUUAAUGCAUCGUGAUUUUACACGGAAUAUUCAAGAUCUGCCAACAUUCAAAUAAAUCUAACCAAAACAAUUUCGAAAAUGUUGAUUAAAACUAAAAA